AUGAGAUGUAGAGGUGGGGAAAGGGGUUUAACGGUGUUGGGUGCAGGUGGUGGUGGUGGAUUCAAUUAUAUCUACCCGUAUCUGAAAAAGAAAGAAAGACCUCACAUAGAAUUGGUUUCACCUCCAUCACCUGAUUCUGCGGUUUCAACCUUUGAUGUGGUGGGCCCCGUUUGCGAGUCAGCUGAUUUCUUGGGGAAGGACAGGGACCUUCCUUCUCCUGCCAGUGGUUCUGGGCUUGUAGUUCAUGAUGCAGGUGCAUACUGCAUGAGCAUGGCAUCAACUUACAACCUCAAGAUGCGUCCACCUGAGUAUUGGGUUGAUGAAGAUGGAUCUGUGGCGAAAAUUAGGCAUGGGGAGACAUUUGAAGAUCAUAUGAGAUACUUUGAGGGACUCUAGAUCUUAAUCUAACUUUGAUGGAAGGCCUUCAUCUUUUACUCUGUUUUUGUAUCUCGGAUUCAUGAAUUUUAAGGUUUCAAGUUCUGGUAAUGUCGAAUUCCUUUUUUUUUUUUUUUUUUUUUUGCGAUGUUUUGAAGUUGUAGUGUAAUUCACUUGUGGGUUUUUAAGUUGGAGUCUGAAUUCACAUGUUAUCGUAUU